AUGCCCGAGCUUAACUCAGACGACGAUUUCGAGGUGCGGGAUGAUGAAACUGCUCAGGUUAGCGCAUACUGUGCCGUGUUUGCGCAUGCAUGCUGUGAAAUAUUGGCGUUUGUACCCAGGAUGUAUCUCCAUCCAUGUCCUUGUUUUCAAGACACGGACGACGAGGACGUCGAGUCGGACGAAGAGGAAAAUGCUUCAUCGGACGAAGAAGGGGACGCCGCCGCGGAACUUGAUGACGACGACAGUGCUCCGGAGUGCACGUUCCAUCCCUGUGAGAACUUCAACACCCUCAUGGAGGUGUUUCGCUUCAUCGUGGGCUGCAACAAUGGUGCUGGACUUUCCAACGAAAGCACGGUGUGGCUCCUCAACCUGCUGCGAGACGAGCGUCUCGACCUGGAGCUGACUCGGCACUGGCGCACUCUCUAUGCGGUCAUACGGUUCGGCAUGUCCCUGCUCAUGUCGCAACGCCAGUACGACACCAUCACGUUCACCAUUCCGGGGUGGGAAGGCGAGUUCCAAGUGAUACGUGCAAACGGAAGAGAGGCGUUGAUCGAGAUUCUCGGGAACCCAGAGAACGCGGAAGGGUUCGUGCUGCGACCGCGACAGGUGAACAGUGCGGCCGGGCGGGUCUACACAACGCCCGAAACCGCAUCUUUCUGGGAGCACGCUCAAGUGGCGGCCGAGUUAGAGUAUGGAGCCGGCGCUGUGGUUGUUCCUCUGAUCAUCUCCAGCGACGCCACCAUUCUGAGAGUGUGGGCGGUGUACCUAUCCAUCGCAAACAUCCCGCUUCGGAGGCGGUGGAUGGACUGCGGGAAGCUUCUCCUGGCUAUGCUCCCGUUUCCCCCGGCCACCAUGACUCCCGCGCAGAAGGUGGAGCUGUUCCAGGCUGCCAUGAAAAUCGUGCUCGCAGACCUUAUUGUCGCCAGCCAUGUGCGCAUGGAGAAGAUGUACCCCGACGCUCGCCUUGCUGGCCUGCGCUCUCCAGGGUCCGGCAGCUACUGGGCCAGCGGCGCCAACUUCACAGCCAGCGAGCAUGCGUCAGCGAUGAAGCUUGCGCCGUUUGCGAUAGAGGGCGAGGUGGACGUCGUGUCCAGGCUGGCGCUGGUCACGGUGCUCCAGUGGCACGAGACCCACACGGUCGAGGAUGUGUUCCCACGCGAGGGGGACGGGUGGGACCUGAUAAAGGUCCACCUCCUCACGCACGUGCCUGACGGAGUCAGGAGAGGUGGACUCCCACCUGAGUUCUCUGCGGCCGUGUACGAGAACGCCCACAUCCGCACGUGCAAGCUGCCGUAUAGGACCUCGAACCACCGCCAGUCUCUGCAGGCCAUCGCCGCACGCAACGUGCGCGCUUUGGCGAUGGGGCAGCUGACCUCCGCUCUGCCAGCACGCAGGCGCAACCAGACCGCGCUGACCCGGGCGAUCGCAACGGGCACCCCCCAGCUGACGCUCGCGCGGAGGUCUCUCACUGCGCGGCCUGACCACGAGAGCAGCGCGGCGUCCGUCUUCGACGAUGUCAACAUCGCCGUGGGGGGGCUCCUGUUCCACUACGACACCGUGAUGCGCAACGCCGGCCUGCGGCCGUUUCCGGCGUGGGCGCACACGGCGGUCGCGCUGCCGGCAUUCCCCACCGAUUACGGGCACAUCCGGCCCCACUACGCCCGUGCGGCGGCGUCGCUGCACGGCCACACAGCGUUCUCCUGCGUGGAGUACCUGUCUUCUGCUGGCCGUACCACGUACGGGCGUCUGAUCCUGCUGCUGGAUGCAGAGAGGCCGCUGGACGAUUGCAGCUACGAGCAUGCAGAGGUGGCUGUGCUGCAGCGGCUGAACCAACAGGGGCUCGAUGAGUGCACGGGCUGCCAGGUGCUUGCGCCGCCCUCCCUGUUUCGGGGGCUGGCUGUCGUCCCCAUCGACCGGCUCCAGCGAGCUGUCCACUGCGUCCCUUCAUUCGAGCAGAAGGACACCUGGUUCCUGAACAAGUGGGCAUAUCUGGUGAACCAGGAAAUCACCUAG